CGUGUAUCUUACCACUAAAACAACACCAAAACAAUCAUGAAAGUAAUGGUAUUCCGAUAGACAAUUGUCCUAUAAAAAUAAUUUAAUCAAGAAUCUUAUAGUCUGACCUCUCUCAGUUGAGAAAUGUGAUCCAACAAAUUAGUACAAUCAAUAAUUACCAAUAGAGCAAUGAUUACUGAACUAGUAAAGAAAUUUAUUAUUAUAUAUGCACUUGUGAUUGACGCAGAAUUUUAAAUACAGCAGAUGGCAUCAUUAAUGUAUUUAUAGUCGUGAAGAUUGACUUAAUAGUUUUCCUGUAAGAACAAGUCAUUAAGCAUCGAAGAGGAAAGUUUGACAAUGAUAAAGUUUAUACUGAAGUUGAUUUUCUUCUGACCCCAUAUCGUGGUUAUUGAUCGCAAGCUGUGAAACUUCUUUCCGCAAUAUGACGCGACGACCGUUCUCGCUUAUGAGCGAGCGACCGAGACGGAUUUCUUUUGGCUUCUCAUCUAGUAUGCAUGUCAGACAGGAAGGAACAAGGGAGUCUAAAGUGGAUGGUAGACUUAUGUGGUAUGACGAUGAAAAAAGGAAAAUAAAAAAAAGUGGUGGAUAGACUCUUCGGUGGUUCCCGUCGGCGACGGCGACAGCAAUUGCAAAGAAAAGGGAGCGUGAGAAAGUGGGAGGAAGCGCUAGUGGGGGCGAGUUAGCGGGGUGCAAGAUGGAGAAGGGAAUGCACAGGGAUGCUGCUUUCAGUCGCGCGGCAGCCCUCGUUCUGAUUAGGCGGCUCCACUAUGAAAGGAAGCAGUUGGACAAAAUAGCGCAGACUACGUACGUGAGCCAUAUGAAGAUUUAAUGUAUUUCCAAUAUUUUGUGGAUUCACGGGACGGCUUGGGAACACCUGCUAGCGAUCUAAAGACUUGCGACGUUUUUCAUCUGUCGACGUUAAAUGAUGCAGAGGAAAGCAGAAUUCGUGAUUGAAUGAAUCAAAAACGAAGUAGAAAAAUUUAAUCAACUGCAAACGAGAAUGCAGUGAUAAUAAAGCACUGUAAGUCAUAAAGUGAAUGAAGAUGAUCGAGAAGAAAAGAAAAUGGAGAAAGUACAACGUUCAAAGAUUUUUACGGUAUUCGAUUAGCAAACGAAUGUGGGUAGUAAAGAAAAAUCAUUACGGAAGUAAUAAAGUAGUUCUAAUGUCGCACUUAAGGCAGUGAAGAUGUUAGACGAGUGUGGGGGAACAAAUGUAGGGUGGGGUGGUCCACCGGGGGUACGAGGUGGUUGGUCGACACCCGCUGGUGGUUGUAGAAAUUCUGCUAUGAGCUUUAGUGGCAGUGUACCCUCUCUUCACCCCACGGGAUCAAUUCGCUCUCUUCGAUCUCAACAUUCUCAGAUACCAGAGACACCCAGGCGAUGUUUACACUGUCAUCCGAUACACAUAACUACCCCAAGCCACUGUACUCCACACACCCCUAUACAUUAUUAUACUCCGAGUCACUGUAUGGAAGGACAAAAUGGUACAUACACGCCUCAUCGUUGCAACUCCUUUCAUGGAGAUCCUCGUAUACGUUGCAUGGAUAUGGACGAAAACCUAGGUGGAAAUACAAAUUGGGUUCUUGGUGAUCUCCGCAGUCUACAUCGUUGUGUGCCAGCUCUGCGUCGAACAGGUUUAGAUGUAGCAGGUAUGCGAUCACAUUUUUAUCCUGAAGGUGGCUGGGGAUGGUUAGUGUGUGCGGCCGGUUUUCUCGCCCUGUUGCUCACCACAGGCAUGCAGCUUGCUUUUGGACUCUUACAUCUUCAAGCUGUUAAACAUUUAGCUGGUAGCCCUCAUUUGACAGACAUAGCAUGGGUUGGUGCAUUGAGCGCAGCUGUAUCACGAGGCUCAGCACCGCUGGUUGUUGGUGCUUGUCGUCGAGGAAGUACAAGGCUUACUGCCGUCAUUGGUGGCUUUGUUCUGGCUCUAGCAUCUCUCUUUACUUCUUUUGCUCUUCAGAUGCAUCAAGUGCUACUCAGUUACGGUUUGGUGUUGGGCGCCGGUGCGGGACUUGUGAAGGAAACUGCCAGCUUGGUGUUGGGCCAUUACUUUAAGAAACGACGCGAGUUCGUGGAAAUGGUAGUGCAAGCUGGCACUGGUGUUGGGAUAGCGCUUUUUAGCGUUCUCUACAAGGAAGCUGUUGGAAAACUUGGCUGGAAGUUGGGACUUCAAACUAUCACGGGUGCACUAUCCUUAGCUUUUUUUCUCGGACUCAUCUACAGGAGUGCAUCGCUAUAUCACCCACAACGUAGAGCUAUACUACAUCUGAAAAGUCAACGUCCUAAAGUAAAGGAAAAACAUGCGAAUUCCAACUCACCACGGCAGCCUUUGGUAGAUCUCAGUCCACUUGGAAGCAGGCCUGUCAGAAUGUUGAUGCUUGCUGCUGGAGCUGCUGCUUUUGGUCUUUAUACACCAGCUUUUUAUAUUGUAGUUCAAGGACAUCAGGAUAAAUUGCAACAAAACGAACUAGUACUUCUGCAAACCUGUUUGGGCCUCGCAGCAGCUUUAGGUUGCGCCGCUUGGGGAGUAGUAACAGCUCGACCCUCAGCUCAAUGUCUCGUGUCACGACAAUAUCUCUGCCAAGCAGCUCUCCUCGGUGUUGCAGUAGCUCAAACAGCACUUGGAAGCGUGGAGGAUUACCAUGGACUGGUAUUGGCAUCUGCCCUCUAUGGAGCAUCGCUUGGUGGUGCACUUUAUUCCUUGAAAAUGCUAGCUUUAGAACGUCUCCGAACACGUCAUUUCGCGCGUGCUUGGGCGCUUGUUCAAGCUGCUGAAGCUUUACCUAUUUUACUUGGAGUUCCUCUAACAGGUUACAUGAAUGAAAGUGCUCCACGAAUUGGUUAUUACGCUUGCACUCUUAGUUCCUUGUGUGGUGCUGCCUUACUGUUUUUGGUUGGCUGGGGAAGACAACCAUCAUCACCAAUAUUACGAGGAUCACAGUUGUCACAUUUGAGCCAACCGUUUCCCACACCUUGUCACUGUCCGCCACCACCAAGAAUGAGAUUACCAAAGUCUCAGUCAUUACACACACCUCUAGAUGCUGAGCAAGAUGUUCGACCUCAUCAACAUCAUCAACAUCUUCCUGAACCAACAGAGCGUGUUUGCCCUCAUUCAAUGGAACACUACUGCCAUUCUGGGCCUUACCACACCACUCUAAGAUCCAGCAAAAGUGUUCCUGAGGGUCUAAGCUAUCAAGAAGGAACAUAUAGACCAAGACCAAGACGUUAUCGUGAUGUAACUGUCAUCGAACAAAUUACUACGAGUGUUUAAAGCACCCAUUUAAGUAUUUAUAUGAAACGAUUAGCCCUCUGAGACAUAGGAGGACUUUAACUAUCUCACUGUGCUAGCUAUUUGAUACUUGAAUUCAUUAUUAAAUAGCUCCCAACUGGUUUAAAUACUACAAUUGAUUCGGUAAAUGUUUCAAGAGAACAAUUCAGGUACAAAUAAUUCAAUUUAAUGGGUAAACUAUUUUUUUUUUUAAUUAUUAACAAGUUGUAGACGAAUUGUUUUCUUGAAAUUGAAUAAAUAUACAUUCCUACUAGAUUUCAUUAUUCAUUGCAUCACGUACUUUUAUACAAAAUUAAGGAGUAUGAUAAAUUUUUAUUAAUACUUGUAGGCAUUAUCACUAGUAGAAGCCACAAAUUUUAUAUAAAUGAGUUAAAAGAUAACAUUCAUAUUUUAGAGGAUUAAAAUGGUGGCUACUCAGUCCUAGAAUAUCGGACCAUUUCUUUCUCGUUCAACGAAUUUGUCACAAAAAGACAGAUAAUGAAGGUAUUAAAAAAAAGUGUGUAUGAUAAUAUAAAUACAAAAAAAUUAUAGAAAAUUUAAAUUUAAAAAUGAUAGGACAAACAAAAUUAUCUGAAUAAUAUUCUUUGUUAUUAAAAAAAAAAAAU